CAGAGACUUGUAUUGCGCUGCCCACCAAAAGAAAUGGCGUAAUUUCGCGCGGUGCCAGUGUUGUGGGUAGUGAAAGAAAUCGAUUCUCAUCAUCUGUUAGAAUUGAAAGUGUUGUUUCACUUUAUGUUAGGACAACAUUUGCCAACUCCCAGCGCACAACAGCUAAAGCGUUAGAAGUAGUUAGCUACAUUAUUCAUUUUUAGCACCUCGAAUAUAGCCCCAACCAUGGCGCAGGACAAAAGUGGAUACGUUAAGCUUGUUGAAGAUGUCCCGCAAGAAGGCCACGGCUUCGACCAGCCACCUCCCCCAGGAUUUGUCAUUCCACCUCCGAACUAUGCCGGAAUGCCCGGUGUUCCUGGACCUCCCGCGUAUUGCCAGGCUGCUCCCGGCUUUCCACACGCGCCUUUUCCACACGCGCCUUUCCCACAGCCGGGGCCAGUCCUUUACCCAACCAAUGCAGAUCCAAUAAACCAUCCUCAACAAAGUGAUGAUCCUCCGCCAGUGUAUGACAAUCAGGAGAUCACUCUCUCAGGGUUUGAUGACAAAUCGGUCAGACGAGCUUUUGUUCGUAAGGUCUUUCUUGUUCUGACUGUGCAGCUCACAGUUACAUUCUCCUUUGUGGCUCUUUUCACCUUCAACACAAACAUCAAAGCAUUUGUGAGGCAGAACAGCUGGACCUACUGGGUGUCUUACCUCAUCUUCAUCAUCCCACUUAUCAGCAUCAGCUGCUGUGGAGAGUUCCGCCGCAAACAUCCAUGGAAUAUGGUCGCCUUGUCCAUCCUGACUCUGAGCAUGUCCUACAUGACGGGGAUGAUAGCCAGUUUCUAUGAUACCUACACCGUCAUCAUGGCUGUUGGCAUUACCGUUGUGGUUUGCUUCACAGUGGUCGUCUUCUCCCUGCAGAGCAAGUAUGACUUCACUUCCUGUGUUGGGGUGCUGUUUGUCUGCAUGAUCGUAUUAUUCGUCUUCGGCAUCCUCUGCAUCUUCAUUCGCAACAAUAUAUUGCAGAUCGUCUAUGCCUCGCUGGGCGCCCUGAUCUUUACCUGCUUUUUGGCUGUGGACACCCAGCUGCUCCUGGGGAAUAAGAAGCUCUCUCUGAAUCCUGAAGAAUAUGUCUUUGGCGCACUAAACCUCUACCUGGACAUCAUCAACAUCUUUCUGUUCAUCUUACAAAUUGUUGGCCGAAGCCGUAACUAAGAGUACACUUCCAGUGUCUGGGUGGUUAUGUAUGCAAUUUUGUUCAAGCCUUAAACAAGAUUCCUAAAGAAUAAUUCUGUUCUUAAGUUCACAGUCUGUGAUUUAACUAUAUUUUAUGUAUAGAGGUGUAUAACUAUGAACAUUUUAUUGAAAUGUUCUUUAAGACUGUUGCUUUCAGGUGCAUCAAGAAAUCUCAACUCACAUUACAAAAUACUUCUCAUGAACCAGUAAUUUACAAGAAACAACAAAUACAAAAAAUGAAAAUCUGUAACUAUUCUGAAACUAUCCCUAGCUAUCCAGGCUCAGUCUAAGCUUCCUCUAUAAUGGUGUAUCAGGUCACAUUACUAAGCCACCACUUUACCAUAAAAUCACAGCGUGUGCCUUAAAGCAGAAUUUUCCUUUUUCCUAGUUUGUGACUGUUAAUGCUUUUCUGUAGAUUCUUAUUAUUCUUUCUUUGUGGCAUUUUAGUAUUCUGCUGUGAUAUUUUAAUGUAUACUUUGCUUCUUCAAUCAAUAUUUAAUUAUAGUUUUGAUUUUUGAUGGGAAAGAUGAGAGGAUUGCUGUCGUUUGUUAAUCUUUGAUUUUUUUUACUGUUUCAAGUGAUAUAUAACAACUAUCUUCUAGUCCGUCCGAUAAAAGAUGAAACAGCAUUUUUUUUUCCUGA